GUGAACAUUGAAAGAACGUUGAUGAAAUGUCUUUCAACUUGCAAGUUUUUCUCUUCUCCUCAUUUCCCUUACUUCUUGUCUUACUUCUUCUAAAAUCAUAUUUUUCUUCUUCAAAAUCCCACAAAAACCUACCACCGUCUCCCCCAAAGUUACCACUAAUAGGAAACUUGCACCAAAUGGCCCCAGGCCCGCACCGUGCCCUUCAGUCCAUGGCUCAGACCUAUGGACCGAUCAUGUUGCUUCACUUUGGUACUGUGCCUGUAGUUGUAUUCUCGACUGUUGAGGGAGCCAAAGAGAUUAUGAAAACCCAUGACGUAGUAUUUUCAAAUAGGCCGUUUCUAGACAUCGGUGGGAGACUUACUUAUGACGCGAGAGAUAUAGUUUUUGCCUCAUCUGGAGAGCAAUGGAGGCAAAUGAAAAGCAUUUCCGUACUCCAUCUUUUAAGUAAACAAAGGGUCCAAUCGUAUCAACAAGUGAGGGAGGACGAGACGAUACUUAUGAUCAGAACGAUUCAACAAGCCAAUGAAUCGGUUAUUAAUUUAAGUGAGUUGAUUAACACGCUUACAAAUAAUGUCAUCUCUAGGGUGGCUUUAGGGAGGAAAUAUGAACGGAAUGAGGUUAAGGCCAUACUAGACGGGAUAGUCGAGUUGUUGGCAAGUUUUUCUGUUGGAAAUUAUAUUCCAUGGCUAGGUUGGAUAGAUAAAGUAAGAGGAUUACAUCGAAGAGCUGAUGAGCUUGCUAAAGACCAAGAUGACUUUGUUGAGGGUGUCCUUCAGGAGCAUGAAAACAAGAAAGAGUCUCAUGUCGAACGCAAAGAUCUUGUUGAUAUCUUAUUAGAAAUUCAAAGAGAUAACUCAACGGGUUUUCAGCUUGAAAGAUAUAUGAUUAAGGCUAUCAUCAUGGACAUGUUUGGUGCUGGCACUGAUACCACAUCCACCACCCUGGAGUGGACACUUACUGAGCUAUUGCGAAACCCACGUGUAAUGAAAAAAUUGCAACAAGAGGCGCAAAAAGUAGGACAAGGAAGAUCAUUCAUCCCCGAAGGCGACAUAGACAAAAUGCCCUACCUAAAAGCCGUCCUCAAAGAAUCCCUACGACUACACACGCCAGUUCCACUACUCGUUCCCCGUGAAUCAACAAAAGAGGUUAAAAUAAUGGGCUACGACAUCCCAUCGGGUACACAAGUGAUAAUUAAUGCAUGGGCGAUAGCAAGAGAUCCUUCAAUAUGGGACGAACCUGAAAAGUUUAAACCAGAGAGGUUCUUGAACAGCCCUAUCGAUUAUAAAGGUGUACAUUAUGAGUUCACGCCAUUUGGUGCUGGGCGACGCAAGUGUCCUGGUAUUACUUUUGCGAUGGUUGUUAACGAGAUUGUUUUGGCAAAUUUAGUGUAUAAGUUUGAUUUCGGAUUGCCGGGUGAAGAGGGUUUGGACAUGACUGAGGAUGUUGGUUUCACCGUUCAUAAGAAGCUUCCAGUACGUGUCGUUGCAACUCCUUGUGAGCAGUUUGAUGAUUGCAAGGGUUAAUUUGUCAAUUGUUUCUUAUUUAUGUCUUAUGUAAUAAAUCUUUGUACUUUAUGUUUUGAAAAUAGAUA